AUGGCAGAUGUCACGAGUCCCGGGUCCCCACAGCGACGCAUGUCAGAUGUGGGGCCGCGGACGUGGUCUCAGGAUUCAUGCGCAUCUUCUCCCGUGUUCUCCCCACUUCAGCGUCUGCGGCAGGGCCCCACAUUUCAGCCGCUGCACCGGCGUUCGCCAGCAGGCCCUUUGCGCUCACUACGAGUGCGCGAGGAGAUGAGCCGAGACGGAUCAAGCCGAACCGACACCAACUGUGAGCAGGGGCUCGAAGCAGAGAUCGAAGGCCUGCAAAAGGCACUGGAGGAGGGACGUUGUCGAGAGCAAUUCGCGGUGCGCCGGCGGCUGCAUCAGUUGCAGAACGUAGCCAGAGGAAGCCUCGCUACUACUGCAACAUCCGUUUCGGAAGACCGGAGGGAUGAGACCGUGGAUGAGUUGGAGAAGGUGAAGACAGCACUGGAAGAUCUCCGUCGGGGAGGCGAAGAGGAGAAACUGCAUCGAAGCCAGCUGGAGGAGCGUGUGAUGCGAGAGAUUGAGGACUUAAAGAGCCCAUCGAAGUCCCCGCAGCCGGGCAUGGGAAGGAGCAGCCGGCAAUUGGCCGACGAGAGGGAGCGCAAGCGCUCCCAAGCCCACGCGGAGGUCCAGGAGCUCACGGAGGCCUUGGCCGAGCUGCGUGUGACCUGCGCAGACGAGCUGGAGGCACAGCGUUUGGAGCAGCUCCAGUUUCAGGCUGAACGUGCUAAGCUCCAGGAGCUUCAAGGGUUCGAGGACACGUCACAGGCGCUGCGGUCGCAGCUGGCGGAGGCCGAGGCCGCGCUUCUCCAGGAGAGCUCUGAGGUGCAGAAGCUGCGCCGAGACGUGCAGGAGCAAGAUGAAGUGCUGGCAUCUUUCUGGAGCCUACAGGCUUCCUUCAAGCGCGAGGCAGCGGAAGCCUCCAGGCACCAACAGGCUGCCUUGGCCUUGCAGGAGGAGCUGCAGACGUGCCGGCAAGGAGACGCCAAAAGUUCUUCACACUCGGAGCUGGAGAGCGAGCGCAACAAACGUUUGCGCCAAGACCAGGUCAUCGCGGAGCUGCGUGCUCAGGUGGACAGCCUAUCCCGACUCCGUCCCUUGGAGGAGUCUGUGCAGCAUCUCUUUGACACGGAGAGGGCCUGCCGCAGUAGCCUGAAAGACUUGCCCAAGAGCUUCCAGGAGGAUCUCAGCGCAGUCCGUGUUGGUGGAAGAAGUGGUUCUCUGGAGUCCGAGGUGAGGCAGCACUCAGAGUGGUGCGCCUCGACCAUAAAGAAGCUCUCCGCCUUUGCCACCUCCAUGUUGCAGGAGAAUGCCCGGCUCAGGCAGCGGCACGCGGAAAUGAAGCAAAGCCCGCAGUCAGCAGAUGAGGCCGGCGGCCACGUGCGAGACCUACGUGACCUUGACAGCCUGGCACGGGUGGAAAGUCAACUGGAGGCAGCCGAGGGCAGUCGCCAGGAAGCCGAGGCCGCCCUUCGCCUUCGCAGUGCGGAAUGCGCCAAGAUGGCGGAGGCAGAGUCCAAGGCCGAAGCGCGGCUGAAGACGCUGGAGAUGCGCAUGGCACCCCAUCCGAACGGCGCCCGGAAGAAGAGCGACAAGCCCAAGGAGUUCAGAGAGGUUCGGGCAGACAGGGCCAAACCUGAGGAGAGCCCCAGGAACCCUGCGAGUCUUGCGAAUCUUGCGAACCCUGUGAACCCUGUGAACCUCGCCACGAAGGCCGCGACAUCUCCGAGGUCACCAGAUGCCAAGCGUUCCCCGCGCCUCGACAAGGCGAAAGCUGCGCCAAAGAAAUCUGAGGCCUUGGAGAUUCCAGUGCUGGAAAGACUCCGGCUAAACACCUCGGCAACAACAGACCGCAGCAUCCCAAGCAGCUGUUUGUACAACAGCGAUAGCAGCAGCGGCAGCAGCGCAGCACGUCGCGGGGCAGCGUAUCCACCCAGUCCAGAGAGUGGGAGCCCGGACCCUCCCCAUCGCUGGACGAAUCAAUUUCGACAAUCGGAUUGUUCGGAAGCAUCACAAGAGGCCUGCAGAGAGAAGCGGUGGACACAAAUGGAGAUGCCGAAGGAGAUUUGCGAGACCAAGACCAGUGCGUAUCUACCUGGCAGCGAAAGUGCAGCGGAUGUCUUCGCCCGCGCGGAGGCACUAUGUGAAUCGCAACGAUUUGCUGAAGCUGCGGAGCUUUUCAGGUGUGUGCUUGCAGCUCUCCGCACCAGCCCAGAUCGCCACGCACUGCGGUCCGUAGAGGCAGAGGUUUGGGCGCACUUGGGCGUGGCCAUGCAGUCUUUGGACGACAUUGCGGCGGCCAUUGAAAGCUACUGUCAAGCGGUUCGCUUGGACCCUUCCUUGCACGUGUGCUUUGCAAACCUGGCGACCUUGUACAUGUACCUGGAAGACUUCCAGAAAGCUCAGGAGCAGAUUUCCAAAGCCCUCAUGCUGGAGCCGUCCAACCAGGCGUACCUGGACAUCAAGAAGUCACUCCGCAGCAGAUGCGCCAAGCGCACGUGA